CUUGCCUCCUUCACUCACUGAAAGACCAUGUUCUCAACAACGAGCAGUGUCAUGAUGAUGGUGCUAUGGAUUACUUUGCUCUUUCUUCAUCAAGGAUAUUCUCUGGUUCCAAUGAAAAUCGUUCAGCUUGGUGAACCAGUAACGUUAACAUGUGCUUUACCCAGCAAUAAAGAGCUCAGCACUUUGGAAGUCCACUGGUACAAGCAGCGUAUCGGGGAUGAGCUUAAAUUGAUUUCAACACUGUAUGGAACUACACCACCUCAGUAUGGUCCAAAAAUAAUUAGAUCACGAUAUAACGCAUGUAAUAAAAAGACUUUUAGCAAUCUGACCAUUUUGAAGACAGUCCAAGAGGAUGAAGGAAUCUAUCACUGUGGAAUCAUUGAAUGGCUUAAUCCUGAAUGGAGUGGGACAUAUUUGUUAGUAAAAGGAAACACUCAGAGGGCAUCAAACUAUACUGUUGUUCAGUGGCCAGCUGUAUCAGAUCCAGUCAAUCCAGCAGACACAACAGCUCUCCAGUGUUCAGUUUUCUCUGACUCUGACAACAACACAUAUGCAGGGGAUCAUGAUGUGUUCUGGUUCAGAGCUGGUUCAGACAAAUCUCAUCCUAGCAUCAUCUACACUGGCAGAAAGAGAAGUAAUGAAUGUGAAAAACCAUCUGACCUUCAGAAUAGAUGUGUUUAUCGCUUCUCUAAGAACAUUAACUCCUCUGAUGAAGGGACUUACUAUUGUGCUGUGGCCACAUGUGGGGAGAUAUUAUUUGGAAAUGGAACGGAUCUGAAACCUGUGCAAAAAACACAGUCGGCAUUUAUUCAACUGGCCUUAAUAAUAGUGGGUUUGGUCAUUUCUGUCACUGGAAAUGUUUUCCUCAUCUGCAACCGAAGAGUACAAAAUAAAGAAAAUGCUAUAUCGGAAGACCAAAUUGACACCUCACACCAACCAGCUGAAACUGAUGGCCAUGUAAGCUAUGUUGCACUGAACUUCAGUGAAAGAAAAACGAGAAGCACAAGGAAGAGAGACUUUGCUGAGGACAGUGUCUACUCUCAAGUUAAAUCCUGAUUUCAAUACCAAAGUUGAGUUUUGUGUGUUUUGUUCUGUAUUUCUUG